AGCCGAUCUAGUAGUUUAACUGCUCGAACUAAAACCCUCCCGGACUCGUUUAAGACAUAACAAGUCUCCUUCUCUUCUUCUUUCUUUCUUUCGAAUCCAAACACACUUCGAGUAAAAUCCGAAACCCAUGAAGGGAGGCAAAGGAGCCACCCACGCGGUUGCGACAUGGGUCCGGCGACAGCCGCCGAAGAUCAAGGCGUUUUUGGCGGUGGUGUCGGGUAUGUCCGCCUUGGUGCUCUUACGUAUGAUCGUCCACGACCACGACAACCUCUUCGUGGCAGCCGAGGCUGUCCACUCCCUCGGAAUAUCCGUCCUCAUCUACAAGCUUAUGAAAGAGAAGACCUGUGCCGGGAUUUCACUCAAGUCGCAGGAAUUGACGGCUCUGUUUCUAGCUGUUAGGCUGUACUGUAGUUUGGUUAUGGAAUAUGACAUACAUACGAUACUGGAUUCGGCUACAUUGGUGACCACGCUUUGGGUUAUUUAUAUGAUUCGGUUUAAGCUCAGGUCUAGCUACAUGGAUGACAAGGACAACUUCGCUAUCUACUAUGUGGUGAUUCCUUGUGCUCUGCUUUCAUUAGCUGUACAUCCCACGACCCAUCAUUUUAUUGUAAACCGAAUUGGAUGGGCAUUCUGUGUUUAUCUUGAAGCCGUAUCAGUACUACCUCAGCUUCGACUCAUGCAAAACACUAAGAUUGUUGAACCAUUUACGGCACAUUAUGUUUUUGCCCUGGGAGUCGCACGGUUCUUGAGUUGCGCACAUUGGGUCCUCCAGGUAAUGGAUACUCGAGGACAGUUACUGACAACUUUAGGUUAUGGGUUCUGGCCUUGUAUGGUUCUUCUCUCAGAAAUUGUCCAGACUUUCAUACUUGCAGAUUUUUGCUACUACUACGUCAAAAGUGCUGUUGAUGGGCAACUUGUUCUACGCCUACCCUCUGGAGUUGUCUAAGUUUAAGCUGUCCAGCAUGCAAGAUCAAACUGCAUCGCAACUCAAACCUUUGAGAAUGUAAUUGCCUGGUUGCCCAAAUCCGUUUCUUGGGCAGCUAUUAAGAGAAUGGCCGAGUCAUAGAGUGAACUGUAAAGCUAGGGAUGUUUCCUCACUAGUCAGGUUUACAAUGUAGUCAUUAGCAUAUACACUCAAUGUUUAGAACAUUUUCCUAGCAGACUUUUUGUGAUUCUGCAUUUAGUUUUGAAGUGUUAUCAGUGGAUGCUAUUCUCUCUAUGUUCUUUGCUGGUUAAACUGAAAAGAAUGUGCAACUCUCUGGAAACGGGGGUGGAAAUGUAAUACGACAUUUUAGCAUACUUCGUGAUCAAGAUUUUGUGUUCUAAUACUGCAAAUGCAAGUUGAAUGGCCAAUGGAAAUGGAAUGUUGUAUGAGAAU